GUUUUUGUCUAGAGCCAUUUGUGCUGCUGUAUCGCAAUCGGCCCGGCAGGUCCGUAGCCUGCACCGGUCUGCCGUGCGAGCAGGAGCAGGAGGUAUCUUUGUGCACAGAGACACACCCGACAAUAACCCAGACACCCCCUUCGAGUUCACCCCUGAGAACAUGAAGAGGAUUGAGGCCAUCAUUCUCAACUACCCUGAGGGGCACAAGGCGGCUGCCACCAUCCCCGUGCUGGACGUGGCGCAGAGGCAGCAUGGCUGGCUGCCCAUCUCUGCCAUGAACAAGGUGGCAGAGGUGCUGGAGAUUGCUCCCAUGCGCGUGUAUGAGGUUGCCACCUUCUACACGAUGUUUAUGAGGCAGCCGGUGGGCAAGUACCACAUCCAGAUCUGCACCACCACGCCAUGCAUGCUCUGUGACUCUGACAGCAUCCUCGCUGCCAUCCAGAACAAGCUGGGUAUCAAAGUGGGCCAGACCACGCCAGACAAGCUGUUCACUCUGUCAGAGGUGGAGUGCCUUGGAGCCUGCGUCAACGCACCCAUGGUCCAAAUUAAUGACAACUACUAUGAGGAUCUGAACACUGCCGACAUUGAGCAGAUCCUGGAUGAGCUGAAAGCUGGAAAAGUUCCCCCACCAGGACCCAGGAACGGACGUUUCUCAUGUGAGCCUGCAGGGGGCCUCACGUCCCUAACAGGACCACCCCCAGGACCUGGGUUUGGGGUGAGGUCUGACCUGUAGACACCCCCCCAAAUCACAAACACACACCUGUCAAGGGGUCAGCACCUGUCCCAUGCGCCAGCCCUCCAGAUAUUUUCCUGAUGUAACAAAUAAGUUAUAAAGUCUGUUAUAUCAUUUGUGUAAAUAAAACUGUUUAUGUGAA